AUGGCGCUGAAAAGAUCUCCCUCUCCUUCGUACACACCUGAUUCCAAGGACAUCUUUCCCUCCGACGAUCAACCUUCUUCGACGCCCUCGCCGAAGAAGGCGAGAUCGACCUCUGGGUCGCCCAAGAAGUCCGCUAGUAAUGGUGCAGGCGGGGGCAAUUCCUCUUGGAACGCGGAAAAAUCGGCCCUCUUCGCAGAAGCUAUCAUUGCGGCUGGGAUCGAGCAUGUUGACAGGGAAGCUUUGGCCAAUACGUUGAGUCCAGCAGUCAAUACUCGCACAGAAUGUCGGUUACAGUUUCCGAUCCUCGGCAUCACGAAGAAACAAGUCGGUGAUCAGCUUGCACCCAACCGAUCCAACAUCCGCAAGAGACUGAUGGAAUGGGCUAAAAGCUUUGGUGGAAGCUCUAGCAAGCCUUGAGGCUCGUAGGAUGAGAUUCACAUGCAUGACAUUAG